GCGGGCCAUUCUUUUGCACAACUCCCAUAAACAACUUAGAUCUGUGGGGUGUGUGCGUUGGAAAACAGAGGUCGACCAAUGGGCACCGACAUCCUUCCCACAUGGUUACCUUGUUUACUACAAUGGCUGCAAAGCGCUCAGUUAGAGAUGACAGAAAACCCGGAGAUAUGAUCUCGAUCCCCUGUUGAACCAAACCGGUAUAUUUGCGGAUUAAAGGGGGCUUGCAGGGGAAAUUUUGUUUUCGUAUGGUGGUUAAACAAUAACGGAACGAUAACAGCGGGUUAUUUUCUCACUCUGACGCACGUCGGUCUGUACCGAACCGAGGGGUGUUUGUUUACCGAGAGAAACUCCGCUCCAGUUCCCCUUUUAAACUCCAGUCCAUAUUUUGUUUCUUCAGCCGUAAAGUCCCCAUGAGGAGCAGAAAGAGAGGAGCAGCAUUUCAAGUUACAGCCGGUCAAAGCGAGCUUGGAGGAAGGGGGUGUGUUACCCACUGGCAGAGGAGGGUGUGCGGAACCCAUUGAAACUUUUGGGUUGUUUUUCUACAAUGAAGCUUUUCUUUCCCACCAUUCUGAAUCCGUUGAAGAAAGACCAUAGGACUGCCUGAGGUUAGACAGACAGACAGACAGACAGACAGACAGACAGACAGAUAGAUCAAAGAAGGCAGAAAAAAGAACGGACACACAGGCAGACAUGCUACACAAGAUCCGUCUAGGAAAGCGUUCCCCACUGGGGGCAUUGGUGUCCUCCACCUGCCACUCACCUGACCAGGUGACCCAACGAGACCCGGAGGGGUGUGUGGCUAGUGUUGCCAUGGCGAUGGGACCAGGGCCACAGGCUGUUGGAAGAAUUAAACUGAACCCUGGACAAAAGGUGUACUUGCUGUGCAGAGGCCAUGAGCAUGCAGGGGUGGUUGAGCAACACAACCAUGUGGAUGACCAGGUGUCCAUCUUUCUGCCCAUCUUGGGACAACAUGUCGUGAGAAAGACAGAGGAUGUGAGGACCUCCCCCUCCACCCCUCCACUCUCCUCCUCCUUGUCCUCUACAGACCACCAGACCAGUGGCAGACCCCAUACAGUCUCCUCCUGCGUUGAUGUUCCCAGGAGGAGGAGUCCAGAGGAGGUAGAUAUGGAUGAGAUGAUGGCAGCCAUGGUGCUCACCAGCCUGUCAUGCAGCCCCCUGCUUCACAGCCCCCCACACAGAGACAUACCAGCAGUCCCUGACAUGGAAUGUGGUGGUGGAGACCUCUCAGACAGCGGCAGCAGUGGCUACUGGAGUGUCGGCCAUGGCAACGGAAGCCCAGCCCCUUCUCCACCAAUCACAGAUUCUGAAGGCAGCCUGGUCACGCCCUCUGAUGAGGGUUUGGACAUGGAACUGGAGCAGGUGCUAUUUGAUGAGCCAGCUCCGAGGAGACGCCGGAACUCAGUGAAAGUGGCUUACAGGUGCUUGUGGCCAAGCUGUGGGAAGACCCUUACCUCAGUAGUGGGGAUAAAGCGUCACGUGCGCACACUACAUCUGGGGCAGAAUUCCGAUCAUGAGCGUUGCUCCCGUAGUGAGGAGGAUUUCUACUACACAGAGAUCCACCAAAAAGACCAACAGGCGCGCACCCUGCCUCCCACUCUCAGUUUCAGCCCUCUUUCAGUCCCGAGCAUGCCUUGUCAUGGCUAUGUCCCCUCCCCGCCAAGCCCUCCUCAUCCAGCCUGUGGCUCUCAGGGAGUAGGAACACAACCCGGUGCCGGAGGAGUAGACCUCCCCACAGAUGGACCCCCCUUGCCAAUUCACCUGAGCCACUCAGCCCCCUCCUCCUCUGGCAUCUUCUGGCAGGUCCAGUCAGAACACUCCUACCAGGCUCCUACUCCGGUUCCUGUGUUGUCUCCUGCGGCUGCCAAUGCCACCUCCUCUCAGUGGACCACACCCACCACUGGCUCCCAAAGCAGACAGGGUGCAUCAUUUCGUGUUCGCUCAGUAAGUGUGGGAGAACAGUGGCUCCAGCAGCAGAGUGCCCCCAUCAGGACAAACCCUUCCAGUUUUUCUCCCCCUCGCUCUCACGGACCUGCAAGGCGGGUGCGUGGAGAAGCAAAGAAGUGCCGGAAGGUGUACGGCAUCGAGCACAGGGACCAGUGGUGCACAGCUUGUCGCUGGAAGAAAGCCUGCCAGCGCUUCCUUGACUAAACCCCCCCCCCCCCACGGACGAAGGAGGGAUUGAGCCAAAGGAGGAGAAGGAGAGAGGAAUGGAUCUCCACCCAGAGAAAAGACUGUAGCCAAAGGCUCAGGACCACACCAGAUGAGCACCAUUCUUCCUUGGUGUCCUUUUAUAUAUAUGUGUGUGUGUGUGUAUAUAUAUAUAUAUAUAUACACACACACACACAAAAUGAUAAAUCAUUUUUGUACUCUUUGUUUCCGAAAAGUGCUUUUUUUAUUGUGCAUUUUGUCAAUGUCCUUGUUUUAAAGAAUCUGGGUUGAUGUUUUGAUGAACAAAUUGUGGCAGCUAUAUGACCCUUUGACCUUUAACUGUUGGUCUUAAAGCACGCUAUAGUGUUCCACCAUUCUUCAUCUAGAAAUGGUGUGACCAUUGGACUUGAACAAUUCAUGUAUUACUAUCGGUGCGGGGAAAAUCGUAAAUGUUUCAGUUGACAGCACAAAUUUGCUACGAGGUACAUAAACAGGACUCAAGGCUGUCUCAUAGUGUUUGAAUUACGGACUGCCAGUGCACCUGUGGUAUGGCGAUUAGGCCCCGUUCGUCCUCUAUUACACCGUUCUCCUGUGUAGGUUUUAUUGUACACUGAUUAUUAUCGUGACAAAAAAGGAAGCGUAAAGCAGUUGAGUUGUCAACGUGGCAAUUGUUGGAAUUCGAACCAUCAACCAUCAUCACUAUGUACAUGGUUUCAUCUCCAAAUGCUAAGCCUGUAAAGCCACUUUGGAGAAGAAGUGAUCAUCUCCUUUGCUUGAUAUUGAAAUAGCACACAAAUGUAAUAGUGUUUGUUUUGAUGAAUAGGAUUAGGUCAUAACUUCAGUGAUGGUUAAAAGUGCAUCAUAGGCUGGGUGUCUACAAACCACCUUUUUCUGUUCAGGAAACGUUGGCAGGAUGCUGAUAAUUACACGUAGUUGACACAGCCUCAUGUUAAUUCUUUCAGUCAACUCGUCCUAGAGGAUGUCACUUUUUCAAAAGUUGAGGGGAUCCGACUGUUGAUAUUUCAUCCUAGCGGGAAGAAUCCUCUACCACUUAAUGUAGUCGUCCCCCACUUCCGAGCCGGAAUCCUGGAAUAAGUAAAAAGUUAAAACUGAAGGAAAAAAGUUUAAAUUAACUUCUUUGAGAGAUCAAAAGCAUUUCCUGUUGUCAUUUGUGUUGUAUGAUCAUGAAUGUUAUUUUGCCAACGUCACAUCUAAGUGUUUUGUGUGACUAAUGUUAAGAUGUUGAAACGCUUGCCACAAAGCAACUAAAGAUGGCCGCCGGGGCUUACCUUGUUGUUUUGUUAAUGCUUAGUUUUGCUGCAUAUCAAAGGUAUUGAAAUUAGCUGAUCCCCAAUAUGUUCUUUAGUUGCAGAUAUCUAUAUUUAGACUUUUUACCAGACACAUUGUAAAUGUCAACUCGCUUAUCUUUCAUUUCCCUGGCUUUCCUAUGUGUCUUGCCUUUAAGGGUGCUUAGGUUAUGAAGUAGUCGCCAACACAAGCCAUUUCCAUACAGCUUGGUUGGUUGCAGAAUACAAAUGCAGUAUUAAGGGAACUGAUAAGGAAUCAGUUUUACCUGCCAGAUUAUUGCAAGUGAGUUUACUUUGAAUCCUUUAAAUAUUCUACAAUGUAUAUUAUCUAUAACAGAUACUUCCUGAAGCUGCUUUUACAAACCUGUAGCCUUUAUACAUGACUGUUCUGAACCCCCCCCCCCCCCAAAAAAAAAGAAAUUGGGAGUUAAUAGGAUGUUUGUUUGUGGAAAAAAUAUUUUUGUUUACAGAGCAGUGGUCACCACCCAAGCCUCUGGAGAGCUACCGUCCUGCCGGUUUUCACGCCAACCCUCAUUUAACACCUGAUUGUGCUGAUUAUCUGGUGACCAAGACCUUGAUUAAUGGAAUCAGUUGUGUUAAAUGAGGGUUGGAGUGAAAACCAGCAGGACAGUAGAUCUGCAGGAGCAGGGUUGGUGACCACUGCUUUGCAGUAAACCAACGAGUCCUCAGAGGAAACACGAUUAUUAUUAUUGUUAUUGUUCUCUUUUAUUGUUCUAGAUGUGUCCUAUUACUUUGUGGACAAAAAAAAAGCAACUGUUGCAUAUUAUACCAUUUCUAAGAUCCAGUCUUUUCUAAACCAUUUGAAAUGUUGAUGUAGAAGUAUGCUUUAUAAAAAUGGAUUCUGUCUCAUUUUG